CGUUCGCAGUUCGUGAGUGUUGAUCGAAUCGGUAAAAGUCUCAUAAAGAAGAAUUUUCCCUUCAUUUAUUUCGCUGUUUUCGCGUUUGCUACUGCGUGGUGGUGGAAGCAAAAAUAGCCUUUCCUUCCUCUACUCGUUCGUGAGUGUGUUAAUAUUGUCCUUUCCGGGUUUGCAGUGCAGUAAAUUUCAUCCAUUCGUUUCCGAGCAGGGCUAUUAAUAGCGAACGGUCACAAUGCCAAACAUCAAGCUGCAAUCGUCGGACGGAGAGGUUUUCGAUACCGACGUCCAGAUCGCGAAAUGCUCCGGAACGAUCAAAACAAUGCUGGAGGAUUUGGGCAUGGACGAAGGGGAGGAUGAAGUUGUCCCGCUACCCAAUGUCAACUCGGCCAUCUUGCGAAAGGUCUUGCAGUGGGCCACUUACCACAAGGACGACCCGGCACCAGCCGAAGAUGACGAAAACAAAGAAAAGCGUACCGAUGACAUCAGCUCCUGGGAUGCGGACUUCCUCAAGGUCGACCAGGGAACACUGUUCGAGCUGAUUCUGGCGGCUAACUACCUGGACAUCAAAGGCCUGUUGGAUGUGACGUGUAAGACGGUUGCCAACAUGAUCAAGGGUAAGACACCGGAGGAGAUCCGGAAGACGUUCAACAUCAAGAACGAUUUCACACCGGCUGAGGAAGAACAGGUACGCAAGGAGAACGAGUGGUGCGAGGAGAAGUAAACUGCAUACUGUCUCGAGAUAAGUAACCAUACAUUUUACAUUUCUUACUAAUGGCAAACACAGCUGAGCGAUUGAAGGCUUUUUUUUAUAUAAAAAAAUCUAAACACAUGAUUACUUGCUGCAUAGAAACGAGCGAGAUAAGCUUUCCUGAAUUUCCAAACUGAAUGCACUCUCUUAAAUUGCUUUUCGUGAAGAGAGUGGCGGAACUCGAAACAAUUAAAGGGCACUGAACACCCAACCUUGUUGCUACACCGGAUAAACCCUCAAUGAAGAACAUAAAUGUUUCUGUUUGACACAUGAACAUGAUCUAAUUAAAUAAACAUUAUUGUUAGCUAAUAAGUGUAGAAUC